GCUACCCAUCACCUGCAACAACAACAAGCAAUCGGUUGAGCAAUGCCCGGGAGGUUGUAGUUUCAGUCUAAGCAAAACAAGCACUGUGGAGGCUUAUCACACAAAGGGAGACUCCCUCCACCUGUCUGCAGAAUCUGAGGAAAAGGAACUUGACGCUGCUGUCUAGCACAACCCUGGUGUUUAACUCCAAAAGUCAAGAUGCCAGAAACAGCAGAAGCCGUGUCAGCCACUCUCACCACCAACAGAAACUGCACCAUAGAAAUAAUCAAUGUCACUGGCAGCUACGGUCUCAUCAACCCCAAGGUAUACAUGACGAGUGGCUUCUGUCACCACCCUCCCCAGCCUACAGUUCGUGCCGACAAGACCGAAGUGUGCUCCUUCACCAAGGACGACCACACUGCCACGGGCGCUGUCGGCCUGCUGACCUAUGACCUGUUCCAUAUACAGAGCCGGGUCUGCUCCGAGCGCAUGGCCAUCAUGUUCUCUGUGCCCUUCGACUACAACCUGUACAAGAACCGGCUGGCCGUGGGCGUGGUUGAGCGUUCCCGUGCCUGUGACAAACAUCUGUGCGACCAGAUGUACGAUGGGAAAGACCUCAGUAACUUCACCCGCUCCGAGGCAAAUGGCUCUGGGCUGGAAUUCAGAGCGAAAUAUGUUGAUCUAAGGGCUACAAUGUCUACUAUUGGCAAAGCCAUUGUUAAAGUGGAGCUCCAUGAUAAAAUGGGUCUUUAGUAUGGAAGAGUGUUCUAUUCUUUUGCUUUUUUGAACCCACAGAAUGAAUAAACUUCAUUCGAUUUGACUACUGUUUCAUUUUGUCAUUCGUAAAAACAUGCAGAGGAGAGGAGGACUAAUUUUGCUAUCAUCUGUAUUUUGUGUCUGCUUAAAGAUAUCAGUGUCUGACAGCCAGCUCAUUGAUUCUCCAUUAACUUAUCCCUUGGGUUUAUGUACAUCGUACGUUCUCUUUUCUUUGAUUAUGGUAAUA